AUGGCGAUUGUUUCAGGAUUUCCGUCGGUCGGAAAAUCGACGCUUCUUUCGAAUUUGGCUGGCGUCUACUCGGAAGUCGCCGCCUAUGAAUUCACCACUCUCACCACCGUACCCGGAGUCAUUCGAUACAAGGGAGCCAAAAUUCAGCUUCUCGAUUUGCCCGGAAUUAUUGAGGGCGCCAAAGAUGGAAAAGGUCGAGGAAAACAAGUUAUUGCGGUUGCUCGUACUUGUUCGCUAAUUCUGAUGGUGCUCGAUGUGAUGAAGCCGCUUCAACACAAGAAACUUCUCGAAUAUGAAUUGGAGGGAUUCGGAAUCCGACUCAACAAAACGCCACCGAACAUUGGAUUCAAGAAGAAGGAGAAGGGAGGAAUCAACUUGACGAUGCUCGUUCCACAAACCGAAUUGGAUCUUCACUUGGUCAAGAACAUUCUGGCUGAGUACCGAAUUCAUAAUGCUGACAUCACAUUGAGAUACGAUGCGACUUCUGAAGACCUCAUCGAUGUGAUCGAAGGAAAUCGAGUCUAUAUUCCGUGCAUUUAUGUUCUUAAUAAGAUCGAUCAAAUUUCGAUUGAGGAACUCGAUAUCAUCUACCGUAUCCCGCAUACCGUUCCAAUUUCGGCGCAUCAUAAAUGGAAUUUUGAUGAUUUAUUAGAGAAAGUUUGGGAAUAUCUCAAUUUAAUUCGAAUUUAUACGAAACCGAAGGGACAAUUGCCCGAUUAUGCGACACCAAUUGUUUUGAACGCUGAAAAAAAUACGGUUGAGGAUUUGUGCAUGAAAAUUCACAAGUCAUUACAAAAAGACUUCAAAUGUGCCCUUGUUUGGGGAUCAUCAGCGAAGCAUAAUCCACAACGUGUUGGAAAAGACCACGUACUCAAUGAUGAAGACGUCGUCCAGGUUAUCAAAAAAGUCUAA